AUGGAAUCGGAUCAAAAUUGGAUGCACCGUAGGCUUGAUGCAAGAAAUAAUAUAUCAGAUGAAUACAAAGACGGUGUGCGAAAAUUUAUCGAUUUUGCACUCAAGGGAAAAGAUUCACAAGGAAAUAUAAGAUGUCCAUGUAUUGAUUGUGGAAAUUUGUUUUUUCAUCAACCCGAAAGAGUGACUUAUCACUUGUAUCGAUACGGUAUCAUGGAGUCAUAUACAACAUGGGAUUUACAUGAGGAAGCAAAUAGGUUACGGGGUCAAGUCGGUACAGAUUCUACUAAUGUCGGUUACAGAGGUGAUGAUGAUAUGUAUGAUGCACAUGAAAUGCUAAGAGAUUUUGGGGAGGCACAUGGACAUUUUGAGAAUAAUGAAGAGGAACCGAAUGCCGCAGCAAAAAAAUUUUAUGAGAUGGUUGAGAAUGCUUCCGAGCCACUUUAUCCAAAUAAUGCCAAGAUUACAACAUUAUCAUUCAUAAACAAGUUGUUGCAUUUCAAGAGCAGGCAUGGUUGUAGUAAUAAGGGGUUUGAUGAAUUGUUGGGAAUCAUUGGGUCGGUGUUGCCUAUGGACCAUAAAUUGCCCGCGACAUACUACGAUGUGAAAAAGAUGACAAGUGCACUGAAUAUGGGAUAUGAAAAGAUUGAUGCUUGUGAGAAUGAUUGCAUGUUGUUUUACAAGGAGAACAGUAAUAAGAUAUAUUGUGACAUAUGCAAGACGAGCCGAUACAAGCCACAGAAAGACCCAAAGAAGAAAAAGAUCUCACGAAAGAUAUUACGAUACUUUCCUCUUACAGCAAGAUUACAACGUCUGUUUAUGGCUAAGAAGACCGCUGAAUGUAUGAGAUGGCACCACGACAGAGUUAUAGUUGAAGGUGAAUUGUCGCACCCAGCCGAUGGAGAUGAAUGGAAGCAGUUUGAUCGUAGGUUUCCCAAUUUCGCAAAGGAUAUGCGAAAUGUCAGACUUGGCCUCUCUAGUGAUGGAUUUGACCCAUUUCGUGAUCCACAUGCACAAGGCUACACUGUGUGGCCUGUGAUAGUUGUUGUUUACAACCUACCACCGUCUAUGUGCACAAAAGCUCCAUAUAUGUUUAUGCCUCUCCUCAUUCCAGGGCCGAAUGAUCCUACAAAAGAUCUUCAUGUCUAUCUCCGGCCUCUAAUUGAUGAAUUGAAAAUAUUGUGGAGUACAGGAGUGGAAACAUAUGAUAAGUUAUCUUGCACAAAUUUUAUGAUGAAGGCGGCAUUGAUGUGGACAAUAAGUGAUUUUCCCGCACUUGGCAUGCUUAGUGGAUGGUCGACUAAGGGAAAGUUGGCAUGUCAUGUAUGUAGUGGAGAAGUGAAAGGUAAACAACUUAAGCAUGGUGGUAAACCUAGUUUUUACGGAACUGCCAGGUAUUUCUUGGAACCAAAUGAUCCAUUGAGAAAAAGUACCAAGUUUGGAAGAAGGGAGUCACGUUCAGUAACUGCUCGACAUUCAGGAUUAUUGGCAAAGAAUUUUUGUGAGCAUAUACAAUUUCCUCCUCCCGGAAAGACGAGUUGGCGAAAGCCAAGAGGGUAUGGUGUUACACAUAAUUGGACUCAUUACUCUCCUUUUUUUGAGCUCCCGUAUUGGGAGACGCUUAAUCUUCGUCAUAGUAUUGAUGUCAUGCAUACUGAAAAGAAUGUUUUUGAUAACAUAUUCUACACGAUGUUAAAUGAUAAGAAUAAGACCAAAGACAAUGAAAAAUCAAGAAAGGAUUGUAAAGAAUUAGACAUACAUCGUGAUUUGUGGAUACAAGAUGAUGGGAUGAUGCCAAGUGCACCAUAUACGCUUACGAGAGAGCAAGUUCGUAAGUUGUUAAAGUGGAUUGAAGAACUGAAACUUCCAGAUGGGUUUGUCUCCAAUAUAUCAAGGUGUGUGAAUUUUGAGAAAAACACAGUUCAAGGAAUGAAAUCACACGAUUGUCACAUUUUUAUGCAAAAAUUGUUGCCUAUUGUAUGUCGUGAUUUUUUACCGAAGCAUGUGGGCGAUGUUUUGAUUGAGCUGUCCAAUUUCUUUCAAGACUUAUGUGCUGUAAACUUGAAAUCCUCUGAUUUGGAUAAGAUGGAGAAGGACAUAGUGAGGAUAAUAUCAAAACUUGAAACUAUUUAUCCUCCGGGUUUCUUUAAUCCAAUGGAACAUUUGCCAUUGCAUUUGGCUACUGAAUGUAAGUUGGGUGGCCCAUCUCAUUUUCGAUGGAUGUAUUUUGUUGAAAGGUACUUGCAUGGUCUAAAAAUGAAAGUUAAAAACAAAGCUCGACCAGAGGGUUCAAUGGCAGAACGCUAUAUUGAGGAAGAAAGUGUACACUUUUGCUCAUUGUAUUUUGAAUCCAAGUUUGAAACAGUGCAUAACCAAUUGCGUCGUAAUGAGGCACCAAAAAAGUCUUGUGAUCCCAACUUGUUAGAAGUGUACAGGUAUCCAACAAAGCCUCAAUUACGUAGUGGACAUAGACUCUUGAGUCGUGAAGAAGAGAGGCUUGCUAAAUACUAUGUACUCAUUAAUUCACCGGAGGUUGCUAAAUAUUUACGGGAAUUCCACAAGUUGGUAUGCAAACAUCAUCCAGAAUUCAAUGAUGCAGAAAAAGAGAAAUAUCAAAAAGAAAAAUUCACAAAUUGGAUGCAAAGAAGGGUUACCGAUAACAAAGGAGUCAUAAAUCCAAAGUUCGAGGAUUUACUAAGAGGUCCCAUGACCGAUGUAGAAACUUAUAGAGGGUGUCUUUCAAAUGGCUACAAAUUUGAUUGCGGAAAUCUCAACGAACGCACUUCACAAAACUCUGGUGUGCUUGUGAUAGGAUCAUCUUACAAAGAAAACUAUGGAAACAACUAUGGAAGAUUGCUCGAAGUUUUAAAACUUCACUAUCACAAUGGUCAUGAUGUUAUCUUAUUCAAAUGCCAUUGGUUUGAUCAUACAACACACGUCAGAGUCGAUCGAAAUCGAAUAACUACCGUGGAUGUAAGAUCAAAACUAAAUGCUGAAGAUGUUUUUAUAUUGGCUAGCCAAGCACAUCAAGUAUGUUAUGUACCAAGUAUAACAAAGGCGAAUUCAUCAUGGUAUACGGUGCUUACAACAAAGAGUCGACAAGUAGAUGAAGAUGUGACCUACAAUGAUAAUACUACAUCCAAUGAUGCCGCUUUUCAAAAUGACACGUCAAAUGCUUCAUCAUCACAUGUGAAUACCGUAGUUAUUCAUGAUCCUUCUAAUUUCUUCAUUGACUUACGAAGUUAUGAAAAUGUUAACUUCACGGAGCACAAUAAUGACGAUCUAAAUGAUGAUGACCAUAUGAGUGUUGACGAGAGAAGUGAUAGUGAUGAGUGA